AUGAUUACUGAUUCUGAAGCUCCAACUUACAAUUUUAACAGUGAUGAUGAAGCACCAUGUGAAUAUUUGAAUGACUGUUAUGCAAUAAGUGAAGACACAUUUUCCUUUAAAAUUAUCAAGCAAUUGGGAGAGAAUUACUAUAGUCCAGGAAAUGGGAAUAAAGUAAAAAUAAUAUAUUAUGAGUUAGGUUAUGAGGACAAAAUUACAACUGCUCAAGUAUACUUAGGGAAAAAUGAUAAAUUACCUUACAUAUGCGAAAUUGCGGCAAAAUGUAUGAAACCAAAGGAGGUCUGCAUUAUACAGGCUCCGAAAUCCUUCAAAAAGAUUUUUAAAAAUUCCGAAAAAAAGAGCAAAUACGAUAAAAAGGAUAACUUUAGAGUUGCCUUUAAAAAAGCCCUUAGAUUUAAACAAAAAUGUGUUGAUCAAUAUUCAAGCUUUCAUACAGUUAGGCAAUUUAAAAAGAUUAAGUUAAAUUCUAUCGAUAUAGAAUUGUUACUAAAAAGGAAAAAACAAAAAAAAGAAGCAAAUACAGAAAAUGAUCAAAUUAGAAAAGAAACUGCAACAAAUGACAAAAUAGAAACCAUUCCUGGAAUGCUUCCAAAAAAGAAUGAUGAAAAAUGUAAAGAAAAAAUGCAGCUGGAAGAGAUGCAUGAAAAAAGCGAAUUCUUGACACUAGAUGACAUAAAUGAUGUAAGAUAUAAAUUUUUAAAAGAAGAACAUCUAUGUACAUUUAUUGUUUAUUUAAAAGAAUUUCGAAGAGUUGAUGCUUUAAAUGAUGAUAAAACGAUAAUAAAAGAAGUUAUCAAAGAAGGAAAAGGAAUUAUUACGCCAAAAAAAAAUGAUUACAUUGAUUUUUUUAUAGAAGAGGGAAAAAAAAGAGAGUACAUUCACACAGUUUUUGAUGUAAAUAAUUUAAAAUAUAGAGGACUAUUUAAAAUUUUGCAGAGCAUGAAAAAGAAAGAAAUGUCUAAGGUUAUUCUCAAAGGUUUAGAAUGUUUUCAUAUAUAUUAUACAGUGGAAGAUACAAGUAAAAAUUAUGUAGGAAAUAUAGGAGAGAACGGUUCAGAUACCCCCCAGCAAAAUAAAAGGAACCCAAUACAUUUCUCAAAUGUUAAUAAUAACAAUAGUAAUAAUAAUAAGAAGAACACAUGCGACAAUAAUAGCAAUACUAGUAGAAAUAAUUGUAAUGAUUAUAAUGGCGAGGUACACGAAACAAUAGUAAGCGGAAUAAAUGGAAGGGGAAAUCUUGAAAUAACGAAAAGGAAUGACACAUUUGAAAAGGUAAAUAAUACGUAUAAUACUAUUCGUGGUGACUUAACUAAUCAGAGGAAAGAAAUGUUAAUAGAAGUAGUUGACUUUAAGAAAUCUAAAACGAUUAAUGUCACAUCAAUUAUCAGCAUGAACCAUAUAGAAAAGAUGCUAUUUUAUGUGUAUGAACAUGAUAAAAAAAAAAAUUUUAAUAAUAAACCUAUUAUUGAUUCCGAGUGUGAAUUGAUAAUUUAUACGAGUAUAAGGAAAGAUAUGGACAAAAAAAAAAAUAAAAAAGUUUAUUUGCCAUUUCAUUUUUGUGAUAAUAAUGAAAACAUUAAAAAAAGCAAUGCGUAUUUUCUUUUUUCAUAUGGAUCUUGUUUUACAACACCCUUUUGGUUUUACGAAUGUUUCAAGGGGUUAAAAGAAGGAGAUGAAAUAAUUAUUCCCUUAACAAAAAAUAAAAAUAUUUUUUCAGAAAACCAGUUUAUCUAUCAUUUACUAUAUGAAGACAUUGAACAUAAUAAUAUAAACGAUAAUUCAUCAAAUAAUCCAGAAUUCAAUCAACUGAAUAUAGGUUCCCCAUGUAUUAACGAAAAAAAACAAAUAGACAAUUCUCAAAAUAAUGAAUGUAAAAUUAAAGAUCCUAAGGACAACAAAAAUGAUUUAGAUGAAGGCAACAAGAUAAUAAUCGAUCAGCAUUCUGCAAUGAAAAGUAAACGAUUAAACGAUCAAAAAAAUUUUGUUCAAUUUUUAAUUUACAGUAGAAAUAGAGGGAAAGGCUGUUUUAUGAUAAAUGGUUUAAAGAAACGACAUGUUAAUCGUUUUUGUGAAGAUUUUUUCUCAUUACAAAAGCUUUUUAUCGAUAGAGUUAAUUACAAAAAUGAAAUAGUAAAUAUGUCCGUUUGUUGCAGAUCUUUUGAAAAAAUUAAAAGAAAAAAAUUUUACAAAAGAAUUACAAAUAUUCAUAAAAAAAAAAGGCAAUUAUUAACGAAAACAAUUAGGCAUAAAAGUAAGAAUUUCAAUGAAAGUACUUCAAAUGACAAAUAUGCAAUAGAAAAAAUGAGGAAAAGAAGGAAAAAGACAAAUCACAUUUCUUACUUUAAACGAGCAUUAAAAAAUGUAUACUUCGAUAAAUCAUUUUACGAAAAAGAUGCUAUUUUAAAAAUAAAGAUUGUAAAAAUUAUUUGUAAAAAAAAAGAUCCAUGGAAUAUGAACGUAUCAGAACAAAUUGAAAAUUUAAAUAAUUAUAAUGAAAUGGGGAAUACUUUUAUCAAAAAAAAAUUAUACUACGCUGCUUCACUUCAAUACAAGAAAGGUUAUGAUAUCUUCCGUUUUUCUGAAAUAUAUAAUUUAAUUUUUGAAGAAAAGAAAUUAAAAUUUUCAGAUCUUCAAAAAGAGGACAACGUAAAAGAACUUGUACAAUAUAUGGAAAAAAUAUUAACUAACUUAUCAAUUUGUUUUUAUAAAUUGAGUAACUACAAUGAAUGCGUUAAAUAUGCAGAAAAGGCAGCUAUAAUAAAUCCACAAAAUGUAAAAUCCAUAUAUUGGAAACAUAUGGCUUAUUUACAACAAAAUAAAUAUGCACAAGUAAUACAGAACUUAAAUAAUUCUUUUUGCUUAAACAAUUCAAUAUUAUUAAAACUAUAUAAUAAUGCUAGGAUAAUAAAAAAGAAACAUGAUGACAAUUUUAAUUCACUCUUUUAUGCUAUGUAUGAUCAAAAAUGA